AUGUUUCGCCAAGCAGCCCGGAGCUCGACGCUCACAGCAACGACAGCAUCCAUCCUGCUACGUCGGAAUCUGUGCCCCCGAACCCUCCUUGCCUUUCAGAGACGUGCUUACACCUCGGCUUCCCAGAGUGGGCAGACAGGAACGUCAUCAGCCUACCUGAAAUGGGGUGGACUGGGUGCCGUCACUCUCCUGGGGUCGGGCGCCUACAUCUCUUCGAGCAGUUCACAGGCAGAAGGGGAUCCCCCCAAGGCAGCUGCUUCAGAGCACAUCCCGACUAUCAACCAAUUAGCGUCCGAGGAUGACAUUGUGGUCAGGUCACCUAUCAAGGCCCUGAGCCUCAAGGAUGCUGACGAGAAGCUGAGGGAGAGUGCUCGAACGUUCGUAUUUGACAGCAAGGAUGGGGCCAAGGGGAGAAUCGAUGUUGUUUGUCUGCCCAGUAACCAUCCCAAGGAAGACGACUGGUCCGUCGGUACAGCAAAGGGGAUCGGCGGUGCCGCAACCGUCUACGCGGGUGUGUAUGACGGCCACGUCGGAUGGGCCAUGUCGACGAUACUGCGAGAAGCCCUCAUCCCCUAUGUGUCUACGGCACUCAGCAGACUGUCAUCCGCAAACUCGGAGGAGGCCGUCGCCGCCGCCAUCAAGACUGCUUUCACGAAGCUCGACGACCGCGCCAUGAAUACGGGCACAGAGGUUGCCGAGAAGCUCGGCGCAGGUUCAGCAGAGGCCGUGGCAGCCCUCGCACCCGCCUUUGCCGGCUCCUGCGCCCUGCUGACUAUCUACGAUCCCAUCGCGUCCGUGCUGCGAACUGCCGUCGCCGGUGACUCUCGCGCGGUGCUUGGCUACCGAUCCGCCACAUCAGAUGACUUCCAGAUGGAGGAAUUGAGUCUCGACCAGACCGGACUGAACAAGACCGAGGCGGACAAGAUUUCCAACGAGCACCCGGGGGAGAAGGAGCUCAUUCUCGACCCCAACAGCGGCAGGCUGCUGGGUAUGGCCGUCACGCGGAGUUUCGGAGACAGUCGGUGGAAGUGGCCCCUCGAGCUACUCCAGACCUUGAGAGAGAGCCACCCGGGCAACGUACCUCGCCCAAACUACAAGACCCCUCCCUACAUGACCGCGGAACCUGAAGUUACGACUCGCGUAGUGUCAUCUGACGACUUCGUCAUCCUAGCUACGGACGGGCUCUGGGAUCACAUCUCCAGCGAGGACGCCGUCAAAUGCGUCUCUCGCUGGCUCCAGGCCCGCAAGGCCAACAAGCCCGAAGCGCAGCCCCCGACCCAGGGGUCGAUGGAGGUUAGUAAGUUAGGCUGGUCAUACUGGAACAGCACGCCGGAAGACUUCAUAAUUGAGGAUCUAGAUAAUGCAUCCGUGUGUCUCGUCAAGAACGCCUUCGGGGGUGCCCGGAGAGAGCUGUUCAGGACGGUCAUGACGGUGAGGGAGCCAGCGAGUCGGUACUUUAGAGACGACGUAACCGUUCAAGUCAUUUUCUUCAAGGACCCCUACAGAAAAUGA